GAGAGAGAGAGAAAGAGAGAGUGUGUGUGAGAGAGAGAGAAAGAGAGAAAGAGAGUGUGUGUGAGAGAGAUAAGAGGAGGAGGAAAGGUCGGUUAGGGUUUUCCAGUAAAUAGUACUUUCACGUUCAACGGUCACUGGAGAAGAAACCACGUCUGCCGCUCGCCUAACAGAAUACAGUGUCCUUCACUGAGGGACGCUCAGGGAUUAUUACGGGAAUGGAGAUUGUAACACUUGUUUCAUUAUUGUCUCUGUAUUGUGACUUCACCGAUGCUGAGUGCCUGGUGAUCAGUCCUGCCAGGCUGGUGGUGAAGUAUGGAGACCCAGCCUCCUCUAACUGCAGCUCAGAUACCCCUGUAGAGAUGGGCUGGGAAGCCAUCCAGGGAGGGGUUGGUCUAACAGACAAGGAGGUGAAGAUCCUACGCUGGAGGGUGGACAGUGUGACUGAAUGGUAUAGCACACCUACAUGCUACACAGAAGGAGGCCAGUGUCAGAAACAGCUGGACAUCACAGUUUAUAAGCUUCCAGACAGUGUCUCCAUCAGCUACAGGAAGUACCCUGAUCCGAUGGUUGAGGGGCAUCAGUACCUGCUGCAGUGUCUUGUCCAGAACAUCGCUCCUAUUGGGAGACUCAGGGUGACCUUCUACAAAGUCAGUGCCACAGGUGAACAGACAGAAUUAGACACACAACAGAAAUCCAAGGACAACAUCAAGACACCAGAGAAUGGGACCUACACCCUGGACUUCACCCCUGGUAGAGAUGAUGACGGGGCCCAGUUGUUGUGUUCAGCCAUGUUGGAUCUGGGACCAGAGGGACCCCAACCUCCUCCUGUAAUGGUAUCAAACCGCCUCAACACCAACGUGCACUACAAGCCUCAGAUCACUAGGAGUCCUGGCUGUUUCUCCAUGAGCAUCACGGAGGGCGACACCUUAUCACUGGCCUGUAGUGCAAAUGUGGACUACCUGCCCAUCAUUGCAGGGCUGGCUUCGGUGGUGAUCCUCUUGGCGAUCUCUUGUUUCAUCUACUCUUCUUACUAUAAACACAGGCGCAUCAGCUAUUAACAGCUGAAAAACAUGUUGCCACAAGAACAAACACGUGGUGCACCACAACGGAAUGGACCAGUCUGUUAUGUAGAGGAGGGGUUGGGGUCAGAGCAUGUGAGCAGAGGUGAAUGGUUGGAAAUCCUGAUGAGUGGGUGUGGCUCUCCACGUCCUUUCCUACCGCUCCCUCACAGAAUGGAAGCAAGUCCCCGUAGCAGUAUCUGGUUACACUUGCAGACCGGCAGAAAAUAAAAUACUACACAUCUCAAUUGCAGAUCAUGUUAAUUUCAGUAUUAAAUAAAAUACUAAUCUUCUCAAUUGCAGAUCAUGUUAAUUUCAGUAUUAAAUAAAAUACUAAACUUCUCAA